AUGGAAUCAAUCGAAAUAACUGCAAAUAGUAACAGCGCGACUACGACAAGUAUGGAGGGAAUUGUAGCUACAAUUCCAGAGAAAACGUUUAUCGACUCCACAGGAACAGAAACCUUAACGAAAAAUCACAAUAGGCAAGAAAAUGGCAGUAACCAAAAUGUUAAAGGUCAUCAAUCAAAUCUUGGCGAUGCUAGCGAUAACCAGGGAAAAAAUAUUUUGGCGGAAAGCCUUGUCGGUAAAAUUUCAUUACAGGAAAGAACUAUAACAGAAAUUUUAGAAAUUUUAUCUGCAGGCGAUGAAUUAUUAUUAAAUGAUUUGUUAGACUAUAUCCAAGAUUAUUUAGUUGAUACAAAAGCAGAUUGGUUACCAAAUUACAUACUAGAAAUUUACAGAAAAACAUUAGAUCAUCAAUCAUGUGAAAAAUUGAGAGAAUUCAUAUUGGCAACCAUAUCAGCAGAUCCUGAAUUAUUAUUCAACUCCAAAGAUUUUUUGAAAAUCGAAGAAUCUUUAUUGCUACCAAUACUUAAACGUGAUGAUCUUGAUAUGGCUGAAGAUGAGGAUGAUAUUGUCAGGUGUCAUUUGAAACAAGGUAGUAAACCAAUAUAUGGCAUCAACACUCCAAGAGGAAAUUCCACUUUAAUUGGUCAUAAAGAAAUGUUACAAACAAGAGACAGUUUCUUGUUUACGUUUGGUAAUAGAGAUAGGAUUGAAGACGCAAAAGUUUCAAGAGUAUCAAGGUUUAAUUAUGCAAUAACGCUUAAAGAUGAUUCCUAUGGUCCCUGUUUUGGCGAUAAAGAUUUAUGGAUGUAUGGAAGACGAUUAUGA